AUGGACGGUCCUCUCCGCCGCCCAGCGGGGAUCCUCGGCUCCCCCCCGGCUUCUGGGAACCAGCCUGCGGGCUCCGACAUGAUCACCUCCAGCAAGCCUCUCGCUUUCUCCAUCGACCGGAUUAUGGCCAGGACGCCUGAGCCAAAGUCGAUACCGCUCCCCAGCUGGUUCCAGCCGGCUCCCGUGGGGAAACCCGACAUGUGUCCGUCCUCUCUGCACUGCAUGAUCCCGCUGGUGCCGCUCGGGUACGAGCCGGGCCACCGGCUCAACAUCACCGGGCUGGACCCCAACCACUUCGACGCGUCUGCUCACACUCCCACCGACUUUCUGGGCUUUGGCUUGAACUAUAAGAGCCAGCAGGAAGAUCUGAACCAGACGGCCGGCCAGUACAAACUCUUCCGGCCCCGGGUGGUCAACCAGUCGUCCUUCCCUACCAUGGGGGCUGUUUGCUACCUGAACUGCGGGGAGAGCGGCUGUCCUCCCCCGGCCGGCCUGGUCAACCUGCACCCCAUGGCCUCCUACCUGCUCACCGCCCGGCACAAAGCCUUCUUGGCGGAGAAGAGCAAGCCGGGCCAGACGGGGGAGCGGUACCCGUCCGGGGUGGCCUUCAAGGAGCUGUCGCAGAGCCAGAUCCAGCACUACAUGAAGGAGCGGGACCAGAUCCUGUCCGACAAGAUCUUCAAGGGCUCCGCGGCCCGGCUGAGCGGCUCCUGCCCGGGCAGCAAACCCAAAGUUUUCACCUGCGAGGUUUGUGGGAAGGUGUUUAAUGCUCACUACAACCUCACGCGCCACAUGCCCGUGCACACUGGCGCGCGCCCGUUCGUGUGUAAAGUGUGCGGCAAAGGCUUCCGGCAGGCGAGCACGCUCUGCCGCCACAAGAUCAUCCACACUCAGGAAAAACCGCACAAGUGCAACCAGUGCGGGAAAGCCUUCAACCGGAGCUCGACCCUCAACACGCACACGCGCAUCCACGCGGGAUACAAGCCGUUCGUGUGCGAGUUCUGCGGGAAAGGAUUUCACCAGAAAGGAAACUACAAGAACCACAAGCUGACCCACAGCGGCGAGAAGCAGUUCAAGUGCUCGAUCUGCAGCAAAGCGUUCCACCAGGUGUACAACUUGACCUUCCACAUGCACACACACAACGACAAGAAGCCCUUCACCUGCCCGACCUGCGGCAAGGGCUUCUGCAGGAACUUUGACCUGAAGAAACACAUCAGGAAGCUGCACGACCCGUCCGGCCCUCAGUCGCCGCUCAGGCCUGACGCCAACUAA